AGGCUGUGGGUCAGACUGAGGCAGGACUCGGUCUGGACCGCGGCACACAGAGGGGCAGUUAUGGACUCUUCUGGGAAAGUCUCACAGACCGACAUGGUCAAGGUGGAUCUGAAACCAGACCAGGACUCCGCUCAGGGCUGGGGGUCCUGCCUAAAGAGGAUCUGGGGGAUGGUCCCGCAGGAUUACCGCAAUGAGCUGGCACAGCUUUUUAAACUGGCAGGACCAGUGGUCAUUUCCCAGCUGAUGGUCUUCAUGAUCAGCUUCGUCAGCACCGUGUUCUGUGGUCACCUGGGGAAGACAGAACUGGCAGCAGUAACAUUAUCCAUAGCGGUGGUGAACGUCACCGGCGUUUCAAUCGGCACUGGUUUGUCGUUAACUUGUGACACGCUCAUAUCUCAGACCUACGGGAGCGGAAACCUGAAGCGGGUGGGUGUGAUCCUUCAGAGGGGGAUUCUGAUUCUCCUGCUGUCCUGUUUCCCCUGCUGGGCCGUCCUCGUCAACACAGAACCUCUGAUGCUUGCUGCCAAGCAAAGUCCAGAGGUCGCCAGACUCACCCAGCUCUACGUCAACAUCUUCAUGCCAGCUCUGCCGGCUGUUUUUAUGUACCAGCUGGAGGGGAGGUAUCUGCAAAAUCAG